CGUAUCUUAUUUCCUUUCAUUAAUUAUAGGUGCGGUUGCGAUUUUUAUGCGUUUUCUGGGUUUUUAACUAAUUAUUAACUUGUGCUGUAGCCCGUGACGCGUGGGGAAUGCAAUCCGCUGCGAGGGAGCUCAAGCGUCCAGGUACACCUCAGAAAAUGCGCAGCUCCUCAGACGUGCUUGUGUUGCACGAUGCCCCACAUAGCGCUGACUAAAGGUGAACUGAGAGCCGUGUUCAAUGCUUAUUCUUUUAAGAUCUUCAGCCGAUCAACACCGGGAGACCUGCUUGAUGCAAAUCUGCUCCGGACACUGCUGUGUCUGCUGAAAUGCUCGAAUUAACCGGAGUGGAUGGGAUCUGCCUAGCAUAUUGAUACCGUUCAGCUACUGCAUGCAUCCCGGCGCGGGCUUCUUGCGCCAUCAUCGACACCUCGGGUGAAACGCGAAUAGCCUACCCAUUUUAUUUCAAAGCCACCGAAAUUUCUACGAAAUAGCGUGGUUUUUGUGCAAAUACAGUUUUGAUGUUGGUAAAAAGACGCGCAUGCGUUGGUCUUGGAAUAAUUGGACAGCCUGUGAUUUAAGUAGGUAGCAUUCCUUAAUCUUCGCUCAAAGUCAUCUCUCUGAUCAAAGUUAGUGAUGUGCACUGCUUUGGACCGCGGACGCUGGGGGAUUUUUUGUCUUUUCCUCAUGGUCGCCAUGGUCUGCGGCGCUCAAAGCGCCAACGAGCAAAGCAACAUGUCAUUUGUGAAAGCGACCGUCGACAAACUGCUGAAGGGGUAUGACAUUCGUCUGAGGCCUGAUUUUGGAGGUGCCCCUGUGGACGUUGGCAUGAGCAUAGAUAUCGCCAGUAUCGACAUGGUUUCGGAAGUCAACAUGGAUUACACCAUCACUAUGUACUUCCAACAGUCCUGGAGGGACAAGCGCUUGUCCUACACAGGGAUUCCCCUCAACCUGACACUGGACAACAGGGUGGCAGACUCACUCUGGGUCCCUGACACCUACUUCAUCAACGAUAAGAAGUCCUUUGUGCACGGGGUCACAGUGAAGAACAGAAUGAUCCGACUUCAUCCUGACGGAACUGUGCUCUACGGCCUCAGGAUCACCACUACUGCAGCUUGCAUGCUCUCAGCUUGUAGAUACCCACUGGAUGAGCAGAACUGCACCCUGGAGAUCGAAAGCUAUGGGUACACCACUGAUGACAUCGAGUUCUACUGGAAAGGUGAUAAUUCAGUGACUGGGGUGGAGAACAUCGAACUGCCCCAAUUCUCUAUAAUAGACUACCACAUCCAAUCCACAAAAGCAGUGUUUGCUACAGGCUCCUACCCGAGGCUCUCUCUGAGUUUUAAGCUGAAGAGGAACAUUGGCUACUUCAUCCUACAGACCUACAUGCCCUCGACCCUGAUCACCAUCCUAUCCUGGGUCUCCUUCUGGAUCAACUAUGACGCGUCUGCGGCCAGAGUCGCUUUAGGCAUAACCACUGUGCUGACCAUGACCACCAUCAACACCCACUUGAGAGAGACUUUACCCAAAAUCCCCUACGUCAAAGCUAUAGACAUCUACCUGAUGGGCUGCUUCGUGUUCGUCUUCCUCGCUCUGCUGGAGUACGCCUUUGUCAACUACAUCUUCUUUGGACGGGGGCCUCACUUGCAGAAAAAGGUGGCAGAGAAAGCAGCUCAAACCAAUAAUGAAAAUAAGAACCGAUUGGAGAGUAACAAAGUGCAGGUGGACGCCCACGGCAAUAUCCUCCUGACCAAUCUGGAGAUCCGUAACGAGAUGGGCGGGAUGGGUGGCAUGGCCGGGAUGACCGGGGCUGAAAUGAUAGGGGCUCUCAACGACCCGCGGGCCACCAUGUUCUCCUACGACAGCGCCAGCAUACAGUACCGUAAGCCCAUGGCCAGCCGAGACCUGUACGGUCGACCAGCCCUCGACCGGCCAGUCGGCCACAAGAAGAGUCGUUUGAGGAGGAGAGCAUCGCAGCUCAAAGUCAAGAUCCCUGACCUGACGGACGUCAACGCCAUAGACAAGUGGUCCCGUGUCAUCUUCCCUAUCGCCUUCACCUUCUUCAACCUGGUCUACUGGCUGUACUACGUCCACUAGGGUGCGUGGCUAUUCCCGCUAGAGGUUUGUUUAGCUAGCUAGGUUCUUGUACAGCAAGGGUAAAAGAGAGGGGAGUUAAAUUCUGCCCAGUUUGUAUGACUUCUGUUUGAGGAAUGCGAGGUGAAGCGGAUGUCUUUUCAAUGUAAAUACAAUUUAUU